UUAUGGUGGAAAGGGAAAAUCACGCAGUACGCACACUGCUGCAAAACCCUCGUUUCAUCUUCCCGAAAACCAUUACUGAUUUUCUGAAGAAAAUUGAUCUCAUCUCGUCGCCGAUUAGCCGGGAAGACGAAGAAUCGGGAGCAGUCAAGGGAAAACGGCCAAUGCGAUUUUUACAUUUUGGUAGUGUGAGUGUUUUUCCUUUUUCGUCGGUGGAUUUUGCGUAGUUCUUCUAUUUACGGCGUGAGAUUUUCGUCGACUGUCUCGAUUUUGGCUACUCACCGUCGCCGUUGUGUCAGAAUUUGGCUUCAAUCGGACGACAGUGAACUUGUUUCCAUUCAGAUUGUUUCUGAAUGGAUUUAAUGUUGAUUUUGUUCGCCUUCUGUUCGUUGUGGUUGGUGAGCGUUGGGAAUUCGCAAUCAAACGAUGCGGCGGUGAUGCAGGCGUUGAAAAGGAGUUUGAACUCGCCGAUUCAACUCGGUUGGACGGACUCGGACCCUUGCAAAUGGAAGAACGUCCAGUGCGCCGCCGGCGGACGCGUUACUCGGAUUCAAAUCGGAAAUCAGAACCUGCAAGGCUCCCUCCCGCCGAACCUGAACAAUCUCACGUCUCUGGUGGUUUUCGAAGCACAAAACAAUUCAAUCGGCGGUCCACUCCCAAGCUUCUCUGGAUUGAACUCGUUGCAGAGCGUUCUUCUCAACGGCAAUGGUUUUACCUCGAUUCCGGAAGAUUUCUUCAAUGGCGUCUCCUCGCUUCAAGUGGUUUACUUAGAUGGCAAUAAAUUUAGCUCAUGGUCGAUUCCGGAUGGUCUCACGAGUGCCUCUGGUCUGCAAACGUUUUCCGCUACCGGAGCGAAUAUAUCUGGGCCUCUGCCGAAUUUCUUUGAUAAGUUUUCGAGCUUGACUACUCUGCAUAUGUCGUUUAAUUUUCUGGAAGGUCCAUUGCCGUCGUCGUUUUCAGGAUCUUCCAUACAGUCGCUGUGGCUCAAUGGGCAGACGAGCGGUUCGAAAUUGAAUGGUUCCAUUGCCGUUCUACAGAACAUGACUCAGUUGUCUGAGGUUUGGUUGCACGACAACUCCUUCUCUGGACCCUUACCGGAUUUCUCUGGCUUAAUUCAGUUGCAGAAUUUGAGUUUAAGAGGCAAUUCUUUGACAGGUCCGGUACCAGACUCCUUAGUGGGGUUGCCAUCUCUGAAAGUGGUGAAUUUGACUCAUAAUUUAUUUCAGGGGAAGACUCCCAAGUUCAGUAGCUCUGUGAUAGUGGAUACAUCGCCAAAUAGUGAUAGCUUUUGUUCAUCCAACCCUGGUGAAGAUUGUGAUCCACGCGUGAAUAGUCUACUUGCUGUGGUGCAGGCAUUUGGUUAUCCGGGGACCUUUGCCCAGAGCUGGAAAGGGAAUGAUCCCUGCCGUGGAUCAUGGAAAGGGAUCACCUGCAACAACAAUGGCAGCAUCACUGUUGUGAACUUCAAGGGGAUGGGUCUUACCGGGACUAUCUCUUCAAGUUUUUCGGGGAUACCAUCACUACAGACAUUGAUCCUGUCGGAUAAUAACUUGAGUGGAACUAUUCCAAAGGAGCUGACAUCCUUGCCCAACCUUAGCUUACUAGAUGUUUCGAAUAAUCAGAUUUAUGGACAAAUUCCUGCUUUUAAGAUUACAGUGGUUGUGAAAACUGAUGGAAAUGUGAAUAUAGGAAAGGAUGUCCCGCCUCCCGGGGCACCUGGAGCUCCUGGCGGAACUGGUGGUGGAAGUGGCGGGAGUAACAGCGGCAAUGGAAAGAAUUCCGUUGGAGUGAUUGUAGGCUUGGUAGUGGGUGGAGUUUUAGCAGUUGUCGUUGUUGUGUUUUUCUUGGUUUAUAGAAAGAAACACAAGCAGAGGGGUAAGGCUUAUUCUCCCUUCGACAUGGUUAUACAUCCUCGUCGCUCUGGUGGGUCUGAGGACCCUGUUAAGAUCGCCAUUGCUGAUUCUGCACCAUAUGGAGAUUCAAAGGGGACGACUAGUGGAGGAAGCAGCGGACCAAGUAACCUUAAUCUGGCCGAUACUGGUAACAUGGUGAUAUCCAUUCAGAUUCUGAGGAGCGUGACGAACAAUUUCAGUGAACGCAAUAUACUUGGUAGGGGUGGGUUUGGAACUGUUUAUGAAGGAGAGCUGCAUGACGGCACUAAGAUUGCUGUCAAGCGGAUGGAAUCCAAUACGAUGAGUGACAAAGGUUUAGAGGAGUUCAAAUCUGAAAUCUCUGUACUCACAAAGGUUCGACAUCGGCAUUUGGUCGCACUUUUGGGGUAUUGCUUGGAAGGAAAUGAGAGGCUUCUUGUCUAUGAACACAUGCCUCAGGGGACACUUAGCAGGUUUCUGUUUGGCUGGAAAACCGAAGGGUUAAAGCCCCUGGAAUGGUCGAAAAGACUGAUCAUUGCACUGGAUGUCGCUAGAGGAGUUGAAUACCUUCACAGUUUGGCUCGGCAAAGUUUUAUUCACCGCGACCUUAAGCCAUCGAACAUACUUCUUGGAGAUGAUAUGAGGGCUAAAGUUGCAGAUUUUGGGCUUGUUCGACUCGCACCUGAUGGAGCAGCUUCUGUUGCUACUAAAUUGGCCGGAACCUUCGGCUAUUUAGCACCCGAAUAUGCAGUGACUGGAAAAGUGACUACCAAGAUCGAUGUCUACAGCUUCGGAGUUAUCCUAAUGGAGAUGGUAACAGGGAGAAAAGCGUUAGACGAAACUCUGGAAGAUGAUAUGCAGCACCUGGUGCCAUGGUUCCGGCGCUUGCUCAUCAAGAAAGACACUUUUGCUAAAGCCAUCGAUCCAGCCAUGGAUCCCGAUGAAGAAACGCUUCCCAGCAUCAUGACAGUUGCCGAGCUUGCAGGACAUUGCACAGCUAGGGAACCUUCUCAAAGACCCGACAUGGGUCAUGCCGUCAAUGUUCUUUCCUCUCUGGCCGAGCUCUGGAGGCCAGCGGAGCCAGCCGAUCCCGACGACUUGUACGGGAUCGAUUACGACAUGACGCUGCCUCAGGCAAUCCAGAGAUGGCAAGCCAUGGAAGGGAUGAGUGGCAUGGAAGGGCCUUCUUACAGGUACAGCAGUAGCAGCACAAUGCCGACCCGAACCUCCGGAAUCCCGACUCGAUUUACGCCAACAGAAGGAAGGUGAGAACAGUUUGAUGGAGGAAGAUUGAUCUGAUGAUGUACAUUCGAUUGGAUUGAGGUUUGGUUCUUGACUUGAAUUGGCCCUUUAUUAAUUUUCAUAGCUUCUUCUUCUUCUUCUUUUGAUGGGAAUGGUUGUUCUUGAUUUGAAGUGAAUGUUUUUUUGUAGCUUAUAAAACCUGCAUCUUGUUUUUGUUAAUUUUCAAAACCUAGUUAAUAGUUGGGGUUGGCUAUAUUAUAGUUACUUUCAAUUUUCCAUUAUUAUUAUUAUUAUUGAAGAUGUAAUUCUUGUAUUGCAAUG